AUUGGAGGAGCGCUCACACUCCCAGGAGGCCACGCGUAGGCGGGGCGCUUUACACGGAAGUCAGCAGCGUCGGGUCCCAUCUUCCCCGGGAGCCGGCAGUUGGCGACCCCGCGCUGACUCACUACCCUGGGUUCACAGCCUGCGCGCCCUUAGAGGGUACCUGGACAGAUUGAAGCCAUGGCCAUUCUUUUUGCUGUUGUUGCCAGGGGGACCACUAUCCUUGCCAAACAUGCUUGGUGUGGAGGAAACUUCCUGGAGGUGACAGAGCAGAUUCUGGCUAAGAUACCUUCUGAGAAUAACAAACUAACAUACUCACAUGGCAAUUAUUUGUUUCAUUACAUCUGCCAAGACAGGAUUGUAUAUCUUUGUAUCACUGAUGAUGAUUUUGAACGUUCCCGAGCAUUUAAUUUUCUGAAUGAGAUAAAGAAGAGGUUCCAGACUACUUACGGUUCCAGAGCACAGACGGCACUUCCAUAUGCCAUGAAUAGUGAGUUUUCAAGUGUUUUGGCGGCACAGCUGAAGCAUCACUCUGAGAAUAAGGGUCUAGACAAAGUGAUGGAGACUCAAGCCCAAGUGGAUGAACUGAAAGGAAUCAUGGUCAGAAACAUAGAUCUGGUAGCUCAGCGGGGAGAAAGAUUGGAAUUAUUGAUAGACAAAACAGAAAAUCUUGUGGAUUCGUCUGUCACCUUUAAAACUACCAGCAGGAAUCUUGCCCGAGCCAUGUGUAUGAAGAAUCUCAAGCUUACUAUCAUCAUCAUCAUCGUAUCAAUUGUGUUCAUCUAUAUUAUUGUAUCACCUCUCUGUGGCGGAUUUACAUGGCCAAGCUGUGUGAAGAAAUAAGCAAGAAAAAGUAAUUAACCAAUGAUAUGAGAGAACAAGAAUUUAAAAGCAAUCUGUGUGACUCAAACCUUUUGGUACUGACAGAUAGUGUCUGCCAGUCUCUUCAACCCUCUUCUCACUUUUUCUUUUUUUUAAAUCUUUUCUAUGCCUAUAGGUUUAUCUUUGUCCUAUCAACUUUUAUUCCAGUGAAUGUCAGAUUGAACCAUUCAUUGUAAUAGUAGCUUUGAAGGGGGCCUUUGUUUCUUUGGUUGUUAAUUACUGUCAUUUACUUAGAAAAACAUUUUGUUUUUAAUUGUGCAAAUCUCGUCACCAAGGUAGAAACCACCAGUCUUUUGAGCUAUCUACUAAAACUAUGUAGGAACUUUGUAUAUGCACACAAAAGUAUUCAAGAGACAGGUAGCAUUGCUAACAUCUCAUCUUAAUGUCUUUUGUUAUUAAAGAGUUUUAGGUGUUUCGAAACAAUAGGAAUUGAGAAUAGUUGUUUAUUUUUGGAAUUGUAAUUAAAUUGUUGGUGGUGCUUGAAACUCAGACAGGUAAAGUAUGAAACAUUGUUAUUUCACUCAAAUGGGGGACAGUUUAGUAGCCCAUUAAAAGUACACAGAAUUAUCCCUGUCCUCCUAGUACUCACUUUUUGGACUAAAGUUGAGUGUGCUGAUCAUUCUCAAUACAGUGGAUAGUUUGAUAUCCUGUUUCCUCAUUAUAGUUGAUUUGAGAAGAUGGUUUAAAUAUGUUGAAGUUUGAGGCUUUUUUAUGUAUUCCUUUUUCUUCUGUGGAUAUUUAGGGUAAUUGUGUUGUUAAUAGAAGAGGUCGAAGAGGUGGGGAGGCAAAUUCCUCUGACUCACCAAAGAUAAAGAAGGGUACCACAGUAGAUGUGCUACUGUUUUUAGCUGUACAAAGGGAGGUAAUGUGGAAAAAUUUUUCCAUUCUGGGAAAAGCACAAACUGAAUACAGUCAGCAGUCAACUCCAGAAUUUGGGUUUGACUUCUGUUAAACAAUAGUUUGAGCACCCUUUGUGGUUUAAUAAAUUCUUUAAUAUGCCUGGUUUUGAAGAAUUCUUUUGUGAAACUUGAACGAGAAUAGACAGUAUGAUUUAUAGAAACAAUAUAAUUUAACAUCCAUUUAACUGCAGUGUAAGAAAACUGGAUUCUAGUCAUACUAUUUCAGCUAUUCUGGCAUCUGUUAUCUAGUGUGUACUUUUGGUGUGUAUCUGAAAGGAAGAGAUUUGCUGCCCUUGAUUUAAUUAUAUUUAUUUGUCAGUAAGAGCCAUUAAGAGGAAAUUUUUACUUUUUUCCAGUGAAAGAACAAUUGGUCUGUAGAAUCUUGCCACCUGCUUAGCUUGAAUAUAUGUUACCCAUAAUCUGACCCAAGUACCUAUUAUUCCAUCUAAAUCUUUCAAUUCAUGCUACCUGAUUUAUUUAUUUGACAUAUACCUUAGGCAUACUAGAAUUAUUUUCUUAUUGAUGAUGCAUAGCACAAACAUAUUUUUAAUCGUCUUUAUCAACACUAAUGUCUUUUAAUUAUAUUAACAUUUGUUUUCAAGGAAAUACAUUUGUUCCAGAAGAACAUUUGGACUUCCUAAAUAAUAUUUUCCAAAUGUUUUUAACCCAAAGAAAAAAACUUAAAGCUUAUUUCCCUUUCUUAUACACACCUGUAUAAAAAUGAAGUGCAUGUUUUAGGGAUCAAUUACUGAACUGUUCCUUGGUCUAUUUAUGUUAUAAGAAUGCUUUUUAAAGCACAUGUCUCAUUUUAAAGGAUGCACAAACUGAAGACAUUAAUAAAAUUUAAGAAAAACAAUGA